AUGGAUGUGGAAUCUGAACGUCGUAAUGCUCUCAUUUCUUUUGGAGCGUUAUCAGGUGCAGGAAUUAUUCUUGCCUUUAUACGAACAUGGAAAUGGUUUUCUAGAUCUGGAAGAGCAAUAAUCGAUUUACCAACAAUCGGCAAAUUUAUCUUGCAUAUAGUGGGAAUAAUUGGUACCGUUCUUUUGCUUGUUACAGCUGGUGUUUCACUUUACAGUCUUAUUAUGUUUAAAGUUAAAUUAAAUUGUAAUGCCAAUACUAUAUCGGUUUGGCGAACAUAUUUUGCAGCAAAUGAAUUUAAUGAGUUACAAACUUUUCGUCGUAUAAAUGUUUCCUUUCAUCUGUUUUUUGUUUUAUUGUUUCUUAAAGGGAUCAAUCUUGAAAAUAUUUCUUGUGCUCAAAGUGACAUUUUUGUAUUUUCAUUUGAUACCUGUAAGACUCAAUAUUUUCCGAUUUUUCGUACUGCUGUUGGCUUUUGUAUAUUACUUGGAACUGCUCUUAUUCAAUAUUUGGUUUAUACAAUUUUUUAUCAACGUAUAGUUGAAGAUAAAAUAAUUAAUUUUAUUGAUCUAUGUGCUGUAUCAAAUAUUAGUGUAUUUAUUCUUGAUGAAAAUUAUCAUGGAUAUUAUAUACAUGGCCGAUCACCACAUGGUAUGACUGAUGUCAAUAUGAAAGAAAUACUUAUAAAUUUACAUCGUGAAGAAAAUCGAAUGAGUGGUACAAGAGGUUUACAGAAUAGUUCAGAUGAUCAAAUAUUUAUUAUGAAAAUUAAUAGAAGUUUUCGAAGGCAAUAUGAAUUAUUAUUUCGAAAUUAUUAUGUAAGAAAUAUUAUAUUGUAA